GAGCUUAACUAUCAAAUUUUACACACUACCGACUGAUUGGACACUAACCAAUUAAACUUGGAAACAGGCAAGUGAUACCGACGUCACAGCAACAACAUGAACUUCCUGCGGCAAACAUUCAGCAUUACGAAACAAUUGACGGCGCAGGCCAUGCAGAGCGGCUAUGUGAGCGCCUUGCGCGGCAUGGCCUCACUAAAUCAAAUGCAUCGCACUGGACCCCACAUCAAAACGAGGCCGCCACGCCAGCCGCUGGAUGGGAAGCCCUUUGCCAAGGGCGUCGUCCUGAAGACGCUGAUAAAGAAGCCCAAGAAACCGAACUCGGCCAACCGCAAGUGUGUCCUGGUGCGCCUCUCCACCGGCAAGGAGAUGGUGGCCUAUAUCCCCGGCAUUGGGCACAAUCUGCAGGAGCACAACAUCGUUCUCUGUCGCGUCGGUAGGCUGCAGGAUGUGCCCGGCGUGAAGCUGAAGGCGGUGCGCGGUGUCUACGACCUGGCGCACGUCAUCAAGAAGAGCCUGUAGUUCCUAUAGCAUACAGCACAUUUGUACAGAUACGUAACCCCCCCCCAAACAAAGAUGCCAGUCAGCAGCCCA